CGGUAACGUUACCUGAUGCCCUUUCGCUCCCCCCCCCAUCAUGGCGGCGUCUGUAAUUUAGGGCAGCUGGGAGCGCCGCGCGCACGCACAGGUUGGAGGAAGCGCCGCGCGACCGCGGCCGCCGCCUCGCGAGACUCAGUCUUACCCCCUUAGCCAGAAGAAAAACUACGUGCACCAUUAACUCUGUGGAGCAUUGCAAGUCAAUCCAAUGGCGUCCUCUACUGCUGUGCCUGUAGGAUUUCACUAUGAAACAAAAUAUGUUGUUCUCAGCUACCUGGGGCUCUUGUCACAGGAGAAGCCACAAGAGCAACAUCCUCCCUUGACUCCAGGGCCCCAGCAGUCUGUAAUACCACAAGCUUUGGAGAAAGAGGUUCUAGAGAAGCUUAAGACAGAAAUUGAGGAGGAGCUAAAACACCUUGAUGAAGAAAUUUUGGAAGCCUUCACCAGCACAGGGUUUGACUGCCAUACUUCUCCAGUAUUCAGUCCUGCCAAUCCAGAGAGUUCAAUAGAAGAUUGCUUAGCUCAUCUUGGAGAGAAGGUGUCCCAGGAACUGAAAGAACCUCUUCACAAAGCCCUACGGAUCCUGCUUAGCAAGCCAGUGACGUACCAGGAAUACCGAGAACGCACUCUGGAGACAGAUGUUCAUGCCAGUGGAUGGAGCAAGGUGUUGGUGCCUCUGGUUCUGCUGCAGCAAUUCCUGAUGGAGCUGACAAAACGAGGCCAGGAGCCACUCGGUGCGCUUUUGCAGUUUGGAGUGACGUAUUUAGAAGACUAUGCUGCAGACUACAUCAUCCAGCAAGGAGGAUGGGGUACUGUCUUUAGUCUGGAUUCUGAAGAGGAGGAAUACCAUGCAAUUGCAGAGGACAGCAAUGACAUCUACAUUCUAACCAGCGAAAACUCUGGACAGGUGAGCCCCCCAGAGUCUCCCACAGUGACUACGUCUUGGCAGUCAGAGAGCCUGCCUGUCUCUUUGUCAGCUAGCCAGAGCUGGCACACAGAGAGCUUGCCGGUAUCUCUUGGACCUGAGUCCUGGCAGCAGGUGGCUAUGGAUCCUGAAGAGGUAAAGAGCUUAGAUAGCAAUGGAGGCGGUGAAGAAAGGAGUGAAAAUAACUCUUCCAACUCUGACAUUGUUCAUGUGGAGAAGGAGGAGAUACCAGAGGGGAUAGAGGAAGCGGCAGUGUCAUCGGUGGCCCUGGAGACUGAGACUGCACAGGAGGGGUUCCUGGAAUCCCCUUCUUUGCUGGAGAUGAAGUCUGAAGCUGAGAUUGUGGCUGUUGAAAAAGCAAUCCCCUCUGCACCUUUGCUUACAGAACAUGAGGAAAAGGGAGAGGUGGCUGAGGAGCCUGUUGAACCAGAAAUCCCCAUGUUGAGUAAACCUGUACAGAAACCAAGCCCAUCAGAAGAAAAGUCUGCACCAGAACCUGAGAAAAUACUGCCUCCAGAAGUGGAAAUAAAAGUGGGGAAGGAGAGCCAUUCGAAAGAAAUGGAAGAGAAAUCCCCAGCUGGAGAGGAGAAACCCAUCCUGUUGCCAGAAGGCAAAUCUAUACUGCUGUAUGGUGGGGCUGCUGCAGUAGCUAUUCUGGCUGUGGCAGUGGGAGUAGCACUGGCGCUGAGAAAGAAGUAAUGGGGCUCUCUUGCUGAGGAGGGGGGAGAAAGUGGGAUCCAAAUUUUUUAGUUGCAUUAACUAAAGGUUCAGCUGCCUGCUGUUAAUUGGACAUUUGUAUAACUUAAAUGGUGAUGGGGUGAGGUUAUUUGAUAAGGCUAAGGCUAUGGACAAUCAUGUUUUUUAGUAGAAUUGGAGUGGAGACUGUUUGGUUUUGUUUUUUGGUCCCCCCCCCCCCCCCCCGAUUAAAGUACCAGGGGUAUUUUAAAAAUAUCAGUUCUGCAAAUUUCAGAACUGAGUACAAGUGCUGAGGAAAGGGGGUGCUUGUACACUGGAAACUGGAACAGAAAAUUCCAGGGGCAGGAGGGGGCUGGUUGCUGCUAACCCCUGGAAUUUUUAGCUUCCCUGACUGAGCUGUUGCAGCUACCCUGUCUUGUCACUUCCCUUUGUGCCCCUUAGACUCUCUUAAAAACAAACAUACAAAAUAAACCAGCCACCUUAAUCCUGUAGCAUGAGGCUGGUCUCCCUUUUGUUUCAACUUCCUCUCAGGUACUGCACUUCUCCUAACCUCCUAGGUUCCUUCUAAACCCUAGUUGGGAGAGUGCUCAUACUAUACCUCUUUUCUCACACCUGUUUAGCCCCUUAUACUUCCUGAAGCCCCAUCUUGUAAAGAUGCUGCCUCUAUAUACUGUUUUCUCUGAGUGCUCUGAUGUUGGUGGGAGAGAUGCACAGGCCUCCACCUCUGUGCUACGGGAGUGUGGAGGAGAUACACUGCUGGUUGCUGGUCUGAGAGAACCUUUGGCUCCCUCUUGUGCAUCCCACAUUACUGCCACAGAUCAGUCACCAGAGAGCAUGACUCUCAUUUGGGUCACUGUGCCAUUUUCAUAAGGUCUUGAUGCUAGUGCUUAUUUAGUGGAUAAAAUAUGACUACCCAGGAUUUAUAAUUAAAUUCAGAACACUGUGAGGCUGACAUCACCUGUGAAAUCAAAGGUUAAAUGGUUGCUUUGUCCUUAUCUUGGGCUGCAGUUCUAUAUUUUCUUGCAUGAGUUAAGCACAGAGCGUAUUUAGUCUUAACUCAGCCUUGGUUAUGACAAAUUGCCAGAAUCCUUGAUAUUCAAAGUAACUGAUGCUAGUAACUAAACCAAACAGCAUUAAAUAUUUCCUUUGUUGUUUGCCUGUGGCUUCUGGCCCUAGGAUGAAUGACGUUCUGGGAGCCAGCAUGGUGUAGUUUCCUAAUGCAAGUUUUGCGCACUAUGCAGAAAUAAUUGGUAAAUGUUCCUAAAGACUUUGCAGAUUCAAUAAAUGAUAAUAAAGUUACUUUGGAAAAAAAUUCUAGCCCCCUUCGUCACAACCUUUGUUCUUAAAAUUUAUAAGUGAAAUCUUUAAGGUAUUACCAUGUGCGUUAGUUGGCCCAGAUCAACCACGCAUGUUCCUGUUUCAUAGAGUGUGUGUGUGUGUGUGUAUAUGAAUGCACGUAUGUACUGCAGCUUUAAGGACAUGGUCUUUGAUUCCCUAGGUAAAACUGGUUUUCUUUCGGUGUUGAUGCUGGCUCAGGAUAGAUGGAGGUAGGUGAAAAGGAACUUGGGAUAAAGUGAAAAUGAAGCCAUAAUGUACGCUUUUUAAAGCAUAAGACAACCUAUUUUAUUUCUGACAAUCUUACUUGCUGCCUAGGAUAUAGUGGACCUGUCUUUUACUAAUAAUUGGGCUGAGAAUAGUGUAUUUCUUUUUGUCUUGAGCUUUUUAUUUUCAAGUGAAAUGAAUUUGUAUCUCCGUUCCUGUCCCUUCCCACCCCAAAAUGCUGUUGACAGUUGACAAAAAGUUGGCAGUUGACAAAACCCAGUAGUCCACGAAUUUUGCACUCUAAUCUUGAGCUAGGGUGGGUUUUGUAGAUAAGCUUCUAGAGGUUUGAGCUGAGGGAUUUUUUUCUGAGGAACAGAGAGAAUGGUGGGGAAAGGGUUAUUAAAGCUGGUGCCCAUUACUGUGGAAGGAACCUGCUUAGCUCAGGAAUUUUGGACUCUGCCGAUCACAUCCCUGUGUUACUGUAUAUAAGCUGGGCUACUUUUACUCCAUAAAAAUUGUAGCAGGCUGGCCUUAGAAGUCUUUGUUGUAAAAUCGAACUAGUUCUUUUCCCAGACACUUCUAGGUGCUCUGGUUGGGAUCCUCAUUGCUGUGCAGUGAGUGUGCAGUUUUGUCCUAGCAAGUAUUGCCUCAUGCUGCAUAGAUUUUUCUGUGAGGGUGCAGUUACAAUAGAGUGACAUUGCUAUUUUCCUUGCCAUAGCUUCCUUCUCUUACCUCCCUUCUCGAGAGCUCUCUGCUGUAGAUAUUUUAUAGGAAGGACCCCACUAUUACUCGUGUCACAGACAUGAUACAAAUUCCCAUUUAACUUCUAUUUAGCUUACUAAAAUCAGAAGCAUUUAAAAUGAUACGAGUCCAAUAAGUAGAAACUACCCCAACCACAGUGGGGAUUUUGCUGUUCAGUGUCUAGUUCUCCUCUAUGGAAGGUGUUACUCUAUUCUUCUGUUACUUACUUUAUCCAUGCCAGUGUGGUAGGCCCCUUUACUAGUCUACAAAGAACUGCUGCUGUCUCCUUCUCCUGCAUGCUCCUUGCAGGCUGUUCUUAUGGCUAGGGGCUGCUAUCAUCUCACUAGUGACAGUGAAAUUUUGUCCCUAAGGUAAUAUGCUUUUAUGUUUGGCAAAUUUGAGACAGACAGGAGAGCCCCCCUCUCCUUAGUCGGAGUGGGUGCUAAAACUAGCCUCAGCUUUAGGUUAAGAUAGGAUACCUUUUCCUGUGCAUUCUGGAUAUUACUAUGCAAACUGUGAAAUGCGCUCUUUUCAUCCCACCGUAAAAGUUUCCUGUACUAGAUACUCAUACUGGGACUGGAGAAGAAUAGGUUUUUAAAGGCCGGGGGAGGAGAAAUCAUUUUCUGCUAAGUUGAGAUCAACAGGGAUACAAGAUUCAAGCGUGUAUUGUUAAAUUGAAACACGUCUUCCAUCACAGUAGCACAAACUUUUCCUACUGUGUACAAUUGUUCACCGGCACUCUAAUCCCACACUGACAACAGUGGGAAAGGGAGAGGAGAAGGCCGUGGCAGCAGCAAAUAAAUCCUUGGCUUAGGAUUUUGUUAAAUAUUCCUCCCUCCCCAUCAAGAAAAUGCUCAGGGCUUUGACUGAUUUCUACUUCAGUGGAAAAGCAGCCAUAAUCCCUGUUUUGGAUUUGUUAUUCCCUGAUGAUGAUUCCCCUCAUCAGUUCUCUCUAAGAAGUUACAGUUGGGAAAAUAUUCUCCUCCCACACUAGACUAUACAUUUGCUCGUCUCCAUGAGUUCCCACUAAGAAUACUGACUCAAACCUUUUGAGUUUGAAGCAGUUGUAGCCAACCCUAGCUCUGGCCAUUUGGUGGAAGUGAUCCAAUGAGGGGCAGAUAAACUUAAGAGUACAGUUUUAUUGUCAUUGGUUUGGAGUCCAUGCUUUUGCUCUAAGGUUGAUUGUGGAUUAGGAAACAGGUAGACUUGCUCCCUCUCUUUAAAGUAUGUUAAGGCAAUCCUGAACUGAAGGUGGUGCUGAUCUGAAGUGUGCUGGCCAUCUCUCCAUGAUAGAAUGCUUACAAGUUGGUAGAGGGAAAGACGUUAUCUACGUCAUUCAUUGUAAUGUUACUUUUGUACUGUCAUUCACAUUAGUAUUAUUUGCCCUCACCCUCUUUUCCAAAACUAAGUGCCUCAGUGGGUUUGACCUUAAUGAAUUUUCUACCUUGAACCCUUUCUUGCAUCUCUCUACAUUUGUCUGCUGCACAUCCUCAAGCUGUCAUAAAACUAACUACCAAGCAUUUAGUAUUUUUUAGCUGUAGCUGUAGACUGCUUUACAAACAGCUUCUCCCUCUGUAAAAAGGGGGACACACCCAGAUACUCUGUCUAGAGGAAAGGAUGGGGCCUUGGUCACCCUAAGUCAGACUCCGAGGGUAGGACUGGAACGUAUAGCACUCCUGUUUAUCUGUCCACUGGACUGCGUUGCUUACUACAGCAGCAGUUAUUCUCAAAUUGCUCAGGCUGCCUGUAGUAAGCACAACCCCUACCACAUGGCCAGAAACUACUUUUGAAAGCUAGCUUUGUGUUUGGUAUUUAAAAAACACACCACACAAUCCCACCCUCCUGAGACAGCUGUGCUGCCAAAACAAGUGUAGACAUGGCUUUCAGAAUUCUUCAUUCCAAGGAUGAAAUCUCACAGGCCUCUCGAUCUGAAAUAUAUGCAGAUGAAUUACUCCUUUGUGUCUGAUUCUAUGUACAUUCCCUUAUCCAGUAGGUUACAGGGGAGAAAUUUUGGUAUUCUACAGUGGACUGUGGUGAUGUAUGAAACAGAAAAUAAAACUUCAUUUCUUUCCCCUGCAGGAAGCUGGGAGAGCAGUAGAAGCUGUGUAUGGUUUUAAUAAAUUGGUUAAUUUUAGCACUGAGAGGCAAGUGGCAUUACUUUGAGCCUGGCUGUAGUUGUGCUUGAGAGCUCAGCGAAGACUGUUCCAAAUAAGAGAGAGUGGGUACAUUCUAAACUACAACCAGUUUGCUGUGGGACAGGUACUUCACAGGGCUAAUGAUUGCAGGUACAGCAGCUAUUGCAAGUAACAUGUUGGAGUAGGGAGUAUUUGAGUCGUAUGCAGUUGUUCCUGGGUUGGGAUAAUCACAUUUGCUGAGGUUAAACUAGAGCCAGGUUAAUAGCUAUUUAGUGGGAAAAUCAAAACUACACACUGUAGAGCUACCACCUAUGUCUAUGGCAACUGAACACUUGAUAUAGUCCAUGCUUUGCUUUUUAAAGGAUUUCCUAUCAUUAAUUGAUCUUUUCUCCUAUUUACAGUUGACCCUCCUUAGGUCCCCUAGGCAGACUGCAGCUAAUACCCAUUUGUUCCUGUAGCUAGUGGCCUGAAGGCAUCUUCAAUGCCUAAUUAAAAUUUGCAUCAAAAGCAGCUUCUGAUUUCCUUGCUUUAGCUGCUGGAAAAGUGAAUUGUCUGACCCAGAGAUUGACUUGGGUAAAGCAGGUGCUGUCAUUGCUAUGCAGCUGGGGAUCUCUCCCAUACUCUUGGUUUUCUGACUAAAUAGUAGUAAGCCCUCUUCUUAUUUGAACAGUACAAGACCCACUCAGCCUAAGAGAGCACCUUUAGUUUGUUAUACAAGCAGCAACAUUUAAUGGUGUACUUAGUCUUCCUUUAUGCUUCCAUUCCAGUAGGUUCCCAGAAAUGCAGUCAGCUGACUUGCAGAAGAUGCCUUCACAUCUUCCAGCAACUUUUUUUUAAUGUUUCUUUUAACAGGCAAGUGCAGCACCUGGGGGUGGGGGGUAAUAAACUGUCUGAAGCCUCUUGUGCCAUUUGGUUAAUUAAAAUACUGUUUCCACAGUGUUAACCUUUCACUUUAGAGCUGGAGAGAACUUUAUGUACGUUUUUUCCUUCCCCAAAUGGGACACUGCUGUAAGACUAUGGCCCCAGCUUGCACUUUAAUAAAUGUUACAGUUUUCAAAAA